AUGCUGUCUUCUUUCUGUGCAUUGGGCCUUGCCCUGUUCGUCACCCACAGCCAUGGCCACAACAAUCCCAUAGCCAUCCCAACUCCGGGAAAGCAUAGCCAACCAGUUGAAAGGGAUCUCUCAUCAUUCUCUAUUGAAUUUUCAUUCUUCCCCCACUACGCUGGUAAUCGUUCACACCCAAAUAAGUUCUCAGAGCACUUGUUGGAAAACUUUCAACAGAUCACUGGAGUGUACCCAAGAGUCAGAGUUGGAGGAACUUCUCAAGAUAAAUCUAACUACUACCCUGAUCAAGAAGAGGGAAUUAAGCUCACAUAUGCCAACCCAACGGAUGACCAACCAAGCGAAAUCAAAUACGGCCCUGCCUUUUUCGAGUCAUAUCAUACUUUGGGUAACGUGAAGUUCUCCCAUGGGUUGAACAUGAAUCAGAAUGCCUCGCUUCACCAGCUCCAACUGGCUGCCGUAGAAGCAUGUACUUCAAUUGGGCCUCAAUUGGACAUUUAUGAACUGGGUAAUGAGUGGAACUUUUCUGGAGACGAAUACCGCCUUGCUAACUACUCACUCCUGGACUAUGUGAAUGAAUGGAACAAAAAGUCUGCUUUUGUCAAAGCCGCGGUCCAAAAGGCCUGUCCAGGUCCUUUCCCUGGAUUUAUGGCGCCUAGCUUUGUUUUUGUGGAUGGGAUGACUACCUGGACAGCGGAGGAGCUCUACAACCUUGACUAUGACCCGCAUGAUCUCACGAAGGAGAUAUCGUUCCAUAACUACAUGGGAGUCUUUGCCCCACCACUGGCUCCGGUGUCCUACGAUCUUCAAAAAACCCUCAUGAACCACACCAACAUUGUCGAUAAUUUGGCAUUGCAAAUCCAGCGCAUGAAUAACCUCGCUUACCUUGGCCAUCCUUACAUCCUGGGCGAGACGAACUCGAUUGCGAAUCAGGGACGUAAUGGCGAGAGCAAUGUAUUCGGCGACGCCUUGUGGGUCGUUGACUUUUCCCUCUGGGCUGCUACAAAUGUAGGGACCCCCUACCCGUAUCAAACGACGAUAAUCAGACAAUUAAUAACCCGUGGCACGCAGAACAUCAAGCGCCUCAAUUUUCAUCAAGGCCUGGACUACCGGUACGCCUCAUGGCAACCCAUUGCUAGCGAAGGCCAACCGCCUACGACUCGGCCCCCGUACUAUGGUCAUAUCAUGGUGGCCGCCAGCCUGGGACACUCAGAGAAUAUUCGAAUCGUCAACAUCCCGCUGGAAGAAGAUACCGAGUCCGCGUACGGGAUCUACAAUGACGACAAGCUGUCAAAGCUUGUUGUUGUGAAUCUGAAUGCGUUCAACCAGUCUACAACUACUGGUCGUCCAAGCCGUAAAUACGAAUUCAAGGUUCCUGGGCACUAUAAAAGGGCUACAGUGGAACGACUGAUAGCCCCAGGGAGCGACGCUCUGACCAAUAUCACCUUCGGGGGUGUCUCUUACGAUUAUGACUUUAAGCAGGGAAGACCGGUUACUCUUGAUUGGAAGGAGGAGAGGGCUGGGAUCCACAGCAAUAUGCUGCAGAUCGAUGUUCCUGAUUCUUCUGCUGUUUUGUUGUCUCUUGAUUGA